AAUACUAAUAAAGUUUUGCUUUUACAGACGAAGGGUACCUCCAGCUUUGGUAAACGUCAUAACAAGACGCACACUCUGUGCCGUCGUUGUGGACGCUCUUCGUACCACAUCCAGAAGUCGACUUGUGCUCAGUGCGGCUACCCAGCCGCCAAGUUGCGUUCGUACAACUGGUCCGUGAAGGCCAAGAGGAGGAAGACCACUGGCACUGGCCGCAUGAGCCACCUGAAGGUUGUCCGUCGUCGCUUCCGCAAUGGUUUCCGCGAGGGCACCCAGGCCAAGCCCAAGAAGGCCACCCAGUCCGGCAAAUAAACCCAGCGGUUUAUUCCUUGACCAGUACGGACAGCAUCAUCGCAACAGCAACAAAAAAAAAACUUUCAUUAGCUGUAGGCCUUAAGCCUUAAGCCGUCUCCAUUUGGCUUCGAGAAGCUUUCCCGUCUGGGGGAGCUUUCUUUCAGCUAAUAAAUGAACGUUAUUUGGUUAAGUGAA